GCCGCUCCAGUCUCCGCCCUGCUCCGGCUUCAGUGCUUCAUAGGGGUGACCACUGUUUCUCCGUCACCAACGCUCACGCCGCCACUGGCCCACCGCGGUAUUCUGUGCUGCAACUUUGAUUGAGUUGAUUCGCACAAGCCCACAAGGUUAACAAUCAUGGUGGGGUUCAAGAAUAGAUACAUGGUGAUGGAAGUGUUUUUGGAUCCAAAUAAAGAUCUCACGGGAAAUGACCCCAUUAUAAUCACCCAAUUCAAUUUGUCCAAAUCUAUCAAGGAUAGCAUUCUAGCAAACUUUGGAGAGUGUGGUCUAGCCUCAUCACUCAAUUCAUUUCAAGUGAAGUAUGUAAAUCCUAUUACAAAAGUGUGCAUCAUUAGAACAUCCAGGCAAGAGUACCAAAAAGUUUGGGCUGCAAUUACCAUGAUUACAAGUAUAGGGAACUGCCCUGUGGUAUUCAACUUACUUGACCUGAGUGGAAGUAUCAAGGCAUGCAAAGAUGCUGCUUUGAAGUGUGAAGAGUCAAAGUUUGAGCAUUGCAAGUUACUGGCUGGAAUCCAACUUAAUGAUGACCUCAAGCAGCACUUGCAGAAUUGCCUUGAGAAGAUCAAAGUUUUGGAGCACUGAGUUUAAACAAGUGAUAUUUGAGGAAAUCUUUUAAAAACCAUAUUGUGGAAGAAAGGUGUUCAACCCAUAGUGGACCACAAAUGAAUUGGACAUCUACCUCUUUAACUCCCUCUUUCAUGCAAUUGAGGGACAUUGUGGCUUAGCUUAAAAUAUUGGAACUAGAGAUGCCACAUUCAUUCUUGCUGCACUAUUUGUUAAAUGUAUUUCCUCGGUAUGGUUCUUUUAAAGUUUUAAGAUUUUAAGAUUUCCUACAACACACGUAAGGAUAAGUGUACCAUUAAUGAAUUAAUGAUCAUGUGUCUCGAAGGGGAAGAUAAGCUCAUAAUGGAAAUAGGUGAAAGUACUGUGUUGGCUACCACCAAUGGUAAGGACAAAUUUGGCAUAUCUCAAUGUUCUAUUUCUAAAGUCAAAGGAAAAAGGUAAGGUACCCUCUCAAUUCGACAUUAAAAAGGUGCAAAAAUUGAUUCUUCUCUAAAAAGAAGAGAUGUGUGAAAAAAGAUUGUGCCAAGUUUAAGAAGUGGAUGACUAACAAAGGCAAUCUAUUUUUAUUUGUAUGUUAAUGUCUUAUGUUAAUACUAAUAUGUGAUGGAUUAAUUAUGUCUCUACAAUCCACAUUGCAAAUUCUUUGCAAGAUAUGCAAAGUUUGCGGAAAGCCAAUGGAAAGUGAGCAAAACAUCUUAUCUUGAAACAAGAUGAACUCACAUGUUGAAGUUGUCGUAGCAUACAAAUUAGUUUUAGAUAUUGGUUUUAUGUUGAUUUUAGAAAGACCUUUUAUGUAUCAAGUUUCUCUUGAA